AUGUUCUUAGCAGAGAGAAAUAAAAGUGGAGCCACAUUUAUCCUCUUGGGAUUUUCAGAUUAUCCAGAACUUCAAGUACCUCUCUUUCUAAUUUUCUUAGUCAUCUACAGUGUCACGGUUGUAGGAAAUAUUGGGAUGAUUAUCAUCAUCAAAAUUAACCCCAAAUUACAUACACCCAUGUACUUUUUUCUCAGCCAUCUCUCAUUUGUGGAUUUCUGCUAUUCCUCAAUUGUUGCUCCCAAGAUGUUGGUGAACCUAGUCAUAGAAGACAGAACCAUUUCGUUUGCUGGAUGUGCAGUGCAAUUCUUUUUCUUUUGUACUUUUGUGGUUACUGAGUCCUUUCUAUUAGCUGUGAUGGCAUAUGAUCGCUUUGUGGCUAUUUGUAACCCAUUGCUCUAUACAGUUGCCAUGUCUCAGAAACUUUGUGUUAUGCUUGUUGUUGGAUCCUAUGCAUGGGGUUUAUUAUGUUCCUUGAUACUCACCUGUUCUGCUAUUAAAUUGUCAUUUCAGGGAUUCAACAUAAUCAAUCACUUCUUCUGUGAGUUCUCCUCAUUGCUCUCCCUGUCUUGCUCUGACACUCAUGUCAACCAGUUAUUGCUUUUCAUUUUUGCUACCUUUAAUGAGGUCAGUACACUACUCAUAAUUCUCAUGUCUUAUGUCUUUAUUGUCGUCACCAUCCUUAAAAUGCAUUCAGCGAGUGGGCGUCGCAAAGCCUUCUCCACUUGUGCCUCACACCUGACUGCCAUCACUAUCUUUCAUGGCACCAUCCUCUUCCUCUACUGUGUUCCCAACUCCAAGAACUCUAGACACACUGUCAAAGUGGCCUCUGUGUUUUACACAGUGGUGAUUCCCAUGUUGAAUCCUCUGAUCUACAGUCUGAGAAAUAAAGAUGUGAAGGAGACAGUAAAAAAGAUAAUGGAUACCAAGGCCUUUCGUUAG